GAUUGUUAGUCACUCCGCUCCCAUAACAAGGAAAAGUGUAGAAACAACAAUACUUUCUUUAUCAGUACCUUUAAGCUUUAAUUUGUCAUUCCGCAUACUCGACAGCAGUACUAGCCUGUAUAGCAAGACCGCGCGCGUGCACAAGGUACGACUGGAGCGCAGGAAUAUUUUUUUUGCAAUUGCAUAUCAUCCAAUGUGUCAGAUAUGGGGAACUUGAUCGAAACCGAUUAAUCGGAUUCAAUUGAACUAAUACUGCCGAGUGAUCAAAAGGCACGCCUGUCGUUGUUUGUGUACUUUACUGAUAACAAAAGCCAGUUCUUUACACUGAUCGAUCAGAGGUGAUAUAAUGGGGCAUCCUCCGCUCGAGUUCAGCGACUGCUACUCCGACAGUCCUGAUUUCAGAGAGAGAUUAAAAUGCUACGAAAACGAGCUGGAAAGAACUAGCAAGUUCCUCAAGGAUGUGAUCAAGGACGGGAAUAGUGUGAUCAACACGAUUAAAGAUUACUCGCUGGCAGUGCAGAAGUUCUCUCAGACCCUUCAGUCGUUCCAGUUUGAUUUCAUCGGUGACACUCUGACUGACGAUGAGAUGAACAUCGCUGAGUCAUUUCGAGAGUUUGCUGGUCUGCUGCAGGACGUGGAAGAGGGCCGGAUGAUGCUGGUCCAGAAUGCCUGUGACUUGCUCAUUAAACCUUUGGAAAAGUUUAGAAAAGAACAGAUUGGAGUCACAAAGGAGAGACGCAAAAAGUUUGAGAAGGAAAGUGAGAAGUAUUACUCUCAGAUGGACAAACAUGUAAACCUGUCUUCUAAGAAAAAGGACACACAGCUACAGGAGGCCGAUGAACAAUUAGAUAAGGAGCGUCAGGCAUUUUACGAGUCAUCUGUUGAGUAUGUGUACCAGAUCCAGCAGGUUCAAGACAGGAAGAAGUUUGAUGUCGUGGAGCCUGUCUUGGCGUUUCUGCAGAGCAUCUUAACUCUGAAUAAUCUGACAGUGGAGAUGACACAGGAUUUUCUUCCUUACAAGCAGGAGCUUCAGCUCAGCCUACAGAAUACCCGUAAUCACUUUGAGAGUACCAGAGAGGAGAUGGAAGAGCUAAUGAAGAGGAUGAAACAAUCGUCACAGAUCUGUAUUAGACAUGGCCAACAACCGACCAUGGAGGGAUACCUCUACGUACACGAGAAAUGGGCUCUGGGUGUAACCUGGGUGAAGUAUUAUUGUAAAUAUUUCAAGGACAACAAGUUAUUUAUCAUGGUGCCAAUGGAGCAAAAAACAGGGACCAAACAGACCACAACUCAACUCACCCUGAAGUCCUGCAUUCGCCGUAAAACUGACUCCAUUGAUAAACGCUUUUGUUUUGACAUUGAGUCAAAUGAAAGAUACAGCCCUGUCUUGCUCCAGGCUAUUUCUGAGGCUAACCGGAAGCAGUGGAUGGAGGCAAUGGAUGGGAAAGAACCAAUUUAUCAUUCUCCAAUUCAAAAGCAGGCAGAGAUGGAGCUGAAUGACCUGGGCUUCAAGUUUGUCAGAAAAUGCAUCAACUUUGUGGAAACGAAAGGGCUGACUCAGGAAGGGGUCUACAGGACGGUCGGCAGCAACAUUCAAGUACAGAAACUUCUGAUUACCUUUUUUGAUCCAAAGUGUCCAGGUGAUAUAGAUUUCAGUUGUAAUGAUUUGGACAUUAAGACCAUCACUAGUGCCUUGAAAUUCUAUCUACGGAGUCUAAGUGAACCGCUUAUGACCUACAGUCUGCACAGGGAACUGAUCUUAGCAGCAAAGUCUGAGAAUCUGGAUUAUCGAUUAGGGGCGGUCCACUCUCUUGUUUACAAACUUCCAGAGCGGAAUAGAGAGAUGCUGGAACUGCUAAUCAAACACCUGGUCAGUGUAUGCAGCCAAAGCAGUGAAAAUCUAAUGACGGUGUCAAAUAUGGGUGUAAUAUUUGGCCCCACUCUCAUGAGAGCAGAAGAGGAGACAGUAGCGGCCAUGUUGGAUAUAAAGUUCCAGAAUAUCGUCAUGGAGAUCCUCAUCGAGGGCUACAGCAAGAUCUUCAAGGGUCCUCCAGAAGAAACCACACCACCUCCUAUCCCGCCUCCAAGGGUUGCGCCACGGAGACGGCAGCCAAUCACAAUCUCAAAACGCCAACCCCGUCUUUACCCCACACUUCAGCCUCCAGCUUUUGAGAGGCGAGAGCUAAACGGUGCCAUCCACAACGAUGGGGAACCCAAGGGAGAUGUCAGCAUCACCAGUCCGGUUCCACAUCAAAGAACAAAAUUGGCGCCUCCUUCCGUCUCUCCUCCAUCAGUCCCUCUCUCCUCACCGACAUCUUGGAGGCCAGGUCUCCCCAAACCUGCUGUCCGCCCCUUGGAUAGUGAUGUUUCCAAGCUAGAAGUUAGGAUACAGGAUAGUCAAAGGUCGGAUGCCAUCAUGACAACCAAUGGGGAAUCAGGAGCAACAGUGAACCGAGCUCAGUCUUUCCAGGGUAGGAGGCCACAGCCCAAAGGGAUAAGCGGAGAGAGCCAGAGGCUAAAAGGACAAUCUUUCUCAGAGAAGAGUUCCAUCUGCCGGCCUCCCACUCGACCACCAGACCCACCCUCCCGUUGCCCUGCUAAAACUCAAACUGAAGACACACCAGCAUCAUAUGUUGCCUCAAAAACCAAAUUUUUUGAGAAUGCUUCCAAACAGAUAGGGAGCUCCUGUCCGAAUUCUUCUUCCAAUGCCUCACAUGCUGCUUCUAAAGAUGAGAACACUAAAUAAGAUAUCACCACUACAACUGACUUGUGGACCAAUUAACACACAGCAGCGGUCAAGAGACUGUGUGUGUAGCACAGGCCUGAGUCUGGACCUGGUAUUUGGAGAUAAAUUAUAAAUGUUACUGACAGAGAGUCACAG